UACAGGAGAUGACCAGAGACUGCGGACACAGUACAGGAGAUGACCAGAGACUGCGGACACAGUUACAGGAGAUGACCAGAGACUGCGAACAUAGUACAGGAGAUGACCAGAGACUGCGGCGGACAAAGUACAGGAGAUGACCAGAGACUGCGGACACAGUACAGGAGAUGACCAGAGAGACCUGCGGACAUAGUACAGGAGAUGACCAGAGACUGCGGACAGUACAGGAUGACCAGAUGACUGCAGACAGUACAGGGGAUGACCAGAGACUGCGGACAGUACAGGGGAUGACCAGAGACUGCGGACAGUACAGGGGAUGACCAGAGACUGUAGACAG